AUGAUUUCGACCCACAUACAUUCAGAGUCGGCAUUCAGCUCCGCAACGUGGGCAGAUGAACUGGACAUCGACGCUCUUUGUCAGAGCUUAGACAUCCAAUUUGGGCAACUCACCUCAUACGAUGGUGUACCUUUUGGGUUCCCCGCUGCCUUUGAAGGAUCUACUGGAACUAAGUCUGUUGGAUCUCCGGAAUCUGGUAAUAAUAGCUCUGGAGACGCAGAUAAUAACCGGAUGCAUCUCAUGGAAUCUUCCUCUACAGAUAUUAUGCGAAUGAGACGACGUGAGCAAAAUCGUGCGGCGCAACGUGCAUAUCGGGAACGAAAGGAGAAAAGCUUCAAAUCACUAGAGGAGAAGCUUUCGAAGUUACAAAAACGAUACGAUGAGCUUGCUAAACUGUACACAGACAAAGAAAGGACUAUAAACAGGCUGAAUCAGAUGAUUAUGAGUCUGAUUUUGGAGAUUCCAGCCUUGCGCAAUGAGAAGGAAGCAGAGUAUUCGUAG